GUUCAAUGUAUUUUGAAAUUUUAUGUAGGUAUUUUCAAUUCUGCCUGUUGUUUAUUAAAAUGAAAUAUAUUAAAUAAACAUAAUUAAGAAUGGGAGAACGUGAUCAAAUACUUGGGUACUCUACUAGAGAAGCAUUAACAAAACUACGCGACGAUAUUCGUACUGUAAUAGAGGAGCACAAACAAAAAAAAUCUAUCGGAAUUGAUAUUAUUCAUAAUGUAAUAUCAUUUUCAUCAGAGAAAGUUCUUUUGUCUGGAGUGGCCUAUACAGUUACAAUAAUAAAUAUAGUAUGUUUAAUACUAACAUAUUUGAUUGAUGGCACAGUACUCGCACAAGGAUACCUGUUGUGGGAGGCAUUGUUUUUAUUUUCUAUACUUGUUAUUAAUUUCUUCAUUGCAUUAAAUGAAGAAUAUUUAUAUAGAAAUGAAAUUCCUCAUAGAGUAGCUAAAGUGCUGGAAACAUUGGAUAAAGCUAUAGAGCAAUGUUUAUGGAAAGAAGAAUAUUAUCCGCAUCUAUGUGCUCCGUACUCACCCUGUGUAAUUCUGCAAUGGACCUACAGAGAUGGUGCCAUAGUGAAUUUACCCUGGGCUUUACUUGUGGAAGGUGAUGUAAUAGUGCUAAGACCUGGCCAAGAAGUUCCAGGUCAUUGCAAAGGCUUACAGGCAGAAGACCCGGAGAUGUUUUUUGGACAGGUUUUUACUAUUGGCUCUCAGGCCAAGGAAAACGUGAAUGUGCCCCGAUUACGUUCACCUCACCAAAACAGAGCAUAUCGGAUGUGCGAGACACCAUAUUUGAAGAAUUUGAAACUAAUAUUAGAGCAUGCUACAUCAAGGCCAGUCACCGUGUUCGAGAAACAGAGGUAUUUGUGUACAGUGAAAGUGAUGGAGGGUAUCGUGCUCCCGCUGGUCAUAGUACUGAUGGUGGUGGCCUGUUUGUUCCGCCACGUGUACCACCUGCCCGGCGUCACGCACUGGACCGAGAUAUACUUCCUGCAGACCAUCGCUGCAUCACUGCCAGUGCUGCAGAUCGUCUUCCCUGUCGCCUGGGUGACGCUUAACUGCUAUGGUCAUGCAAGGUUCAAACUACUAUCGGAGGUUCGUCAAAAGUACACUCGCCCGAAGUCCUGUUCAAUAUCAGAAGAUGCGAGCGACCCGCUCAUACAGGCUCUAAGCGAAUCAAAACUCAAGCCCCAGAAUAUUAAGACGCUGGGCAAAACGUUUUACAACAUACUGACGGGGAGGGAAGACGUGGUGACAAGAACAGCUAAUAUUGUUCAUGUAUUGGGAUCUUUAUCGGCUCUCUGCUGUGUCGAUAAAAAAGGCAUCUUAUCGUGGCCCAAUCCAACAGCUGAGAAAGUGUUUUUUCUUCGCAACUCAAGUCCAACUUCAAACACCUCGAGUAAGAUUAGUCUUGUUGGUUCCAUGGGCCAUCAGAGUCAGACAACUCUCGAACAGUCUGGGGAUAAGCUGAAUCCUGAAACAUCCACUAUUGUUGAGGUCCUUGAUCUCACGCACGACCAGAACGCGCCGUUCCGCGUGGAGUUCGACGAGCAGCGCUGGCGACGCCACCUGGCGCGUCUCAAGCCGUUGGGAUUGGCGGCGCUGCUCAACACAUGCGCGCCCGCACCGCGCCACACGUACGCACACUUCUGCGCACACCUCACGUGUCAGGCGCACCAAAGCGAAGACAUGGUGCCGGUGACGAAUCGGCGCUGUCUGUGCGAGCUCGCGAAACAGAUCGGCUUUACAGACUCCGUCGCGGACUCGUAUACCGUGCACGAGUGCUUAGCUGUCUUCAGGCAUUUGCAACCGGAGACGAUACGUCGCGAGACGCGGUUUGUCCGCGCUAUCCACCUGAGCACGCGUGUGAAGGUGCCCUUGCCGCACAUGCUCGCCGUCAUCGUGAAGGAUCAGGCGAGCCAGCUGCAGAUGUUGACUCAGGGAACUGGUGACAUUAUACUUGACUCCUGCGUGGACUAUUGGAAUGGCAAGGACCUCACGCCCAUUUCACCUUCGGAUAGGAAGAAAAUUAUUGACUUCUACCAGCGAAACUCACUCACUGCAUAUUGCACAGCUUUCGCCUACAAGCCCCUUACGCGCGGCAUCACAUCCGCAUUGGCACAGUACUACCUAGAGCUGCCUGCCGACCGCCACGUGUUCACGCCGCAAUCACAGUCUUGGGCCGACGCUCCCGCUCUGCACUUCCAUUCCACUGAUUCAUUAUUAUUCAACGAGGUGACGGACGAUGACGUCACUGAUGCUGAAGGAUAUUUCGACCUGCAGUGUAAUCAGGUUUUCAUUGGUAUGGUGACGAUGCAGUACCAAGCUCAGAGCGACAUGGUGGAGCUCAUAGAGAGGCUGGAGCGAGCCUGCAUACGCUUCGUGCACUUCAGCAAGGAGAAUGAGCUCAGAUCUCGUGUAUUCAGUGAAAAGAUGGGUUUGGAAUCCGGCUGGAACUGCCACAUAUCCCUUAUGGCACAAUCGCAAGAUAGCAAGCCGAACUCGCCGCUUUCGUCGCAAACGCUGAUCCGCGACCGUCCUAACACCGCAACGAUCAAUAGGCCCGAUACGGGUGACAACUUACUCUUUAGUGGUAAUAUGACGUCAUCGAAGGCUCUAUCCAUGUCGGCCCCUGGUGCCAUCAACCUGGAGCAAGGUACUGUCAAGUUUGACAAUGAGGUCAAGAAGACCAGGCAUUCCAUCACAACGCAGAAUACGCACGUAGAACGGAAUAGUAUGGAGGGGCGGGAGUCCUCUCGUGAUUCGGUGCUGGAUGCGGGCAGCGAAUCUCCCAACGACGGGUGUCGCUCGCUCUCCUGUCUCACCGACUCCACCGACCAUUCUGCACCGCUGCACUUCGACAUGAGUAACCGGGCAAAGCUGCCACGCGGCAUCGAGAACAUUCGGCCGCACAUAGAGCAGGUUGACAACGUGCCGCUUCUGGUGUCGCUUUUUACGGACUGCACGCCGAGCUCUGUUCGCACCAUGAUCCAGAUCAUGCAGGAUUACGGUGAAGUGGUCUGUGUAAUGGGCUCGUCAGCUAAUUGCCUCAACAUGGAGAUAUUUAUGCAGGCUGAUGCAAGCGUAGCGUUGGAGCCCUUGUACCCGGUGCUGUGUCAGAAGAUGCCGCCCUACCGAGUGCCGCAGGACUGCAUAGGACCCAUAGAUAUGGCGCGCGCUCUCAACUCCAUACCGUGCUCGCUCUCGUUGAAUACUAAAUGGCAACACCAUCCUCUAACCAACUAUAGCAGUCCUCAGAUGUCCCGCGAGACGGACGUGUCUAUGUUCGCGUUGAUCACCAUGUCGCGGCAGUUCACCGAGUGCCUCUGGAACUGCACUCAGUUCUGGAUGUGCAGUGCUUGUUUUAUAUCACUUCUGCAGGUGGGAUCCCUGUACGGGUUUCUGCCGCUGGCGCUGAGUCCAGGCGGCGCGAUGUGGAGCGGCGUGGUGACGGUGCCAACCCUGGGCACUGCGCUCGCUUUCGACCUGCACCCGCACGUGAUGCACCGCGCUCGCACCGCACGACAUCCGCGCCCGCUGGACGCGCAGAUGGCGCUGUUCGUGUUUUGGUGCUACGCGUGCAAGUUCCUACCCUCAAUAGUAUCAAUCUUGGUGCUGUACGGGUUCACGUUGAGAAGUUUCUGCGAGCAAAUAUCAGAGAGCACUAAAGCAACCAGUUGCUGGCUCGUGUAUCCUGUGAACGUCGGCAAUUAUAGCCAAGAGUAUGACCUCACGCUCAGGAGCUUCCACGGAUGGGGUGAUGUCUUCUACGAUGGAUUCUAUCUGGCGCAACAUAUCAUUCUCGCUUUAGUCACAAUACAUCUGAUUGUUAUAUCAAUAUCAUUCAUACACAGACACAGUUCUCUAUGGCAUAAGGGUUUCUGGACGAACAGGGUGUGGUCUGUGGCUGUUGUUGUAUUGAUAGUGGUUCAGACCGUGUUUAGCUCAACAAUGGUAAGCGGGCAAACGAGUGCGUGCGGACCAUGGGCGUGCCCGCAGUACCACGUGCCGUGGCCGCUGCUACUGAUUUACGUGCUGUCGCCGCUGCUAGUGCUGGCUCUCAACGAACUUAUCAAGUACUUUGAGAUCAAAGUGGAUGCGCGAGACCAGCGUCGUGCAAGAUUGGACUUCGGUACCAAAUUAGGAAUGAAUUCACCGUUCUAGGGAAAGGAGUAAUCUAGUCAAUUACGCUUUAUAUCAUAGUAUUAAUUUGUAGUUGUAAGAAACAUUGCUGAUGCCAAAUUGAUUAUGAAAUAGUAUUUGUAGAAAUCAUAUCAUUUUAAAGAAUUGACUUUCAUAUAUUUUUAUAAUUUACAAUAAUAUACUUAAGAAUCAAUAACAUUAAAUAUUUAAGAAUACAAUUUGAACCAUACUAUUAUGAAAACAGACUUUUUAGUCUCAUUUCGUAAUUGCAUACAGAUUUAAAAAGGUUUGAUUUUUAAUUCACUUCCUGAAAUUCAGAUCAAUAUGAAAUCUCUUUCUAAAUUUGUCGCUCAUGUUAUAAUAUAUUUUAAAAGUUUAAAUUUAAGGUACUUUAAUACUAACAGUCAGUGAAUUUGUAGAAAUGCACAAUUUGAGUUACCCGUCCCCCGCUAUGUCAUUUUCUCGAAACUAAACCUACUUUUAUAAUAAAUAUGUUCCUAAAAUAUAAUACAUAGUUUCGAGUCAGUGCAUUUUAAAACUAAACUAGGCCUAAGAUUAAAUAAUGUGACAAAACACUUUU